CCCCUUUCGAUAUCGCCCUGCAGCAAGGGGGUCCACUGCGAUGCAACAACACCCCAAACGCCGUCUCUUCCGGAAGAAAAAAAGAGAGUCUACGUAGCGCCACCCCCUGUGAAGACCACCUCGAAAGCUCAGACUGGUCAGUCGCCCUCAACAGUAGCUCAACCUGCGUCGCAGCCACAUUCGACCCCUCAGCGUCAGCCUGAGGCACAGACGGCGACACAACAGCCUACUCAAGAAGAAGACUAUGGUUGUUGAGGCAAUUUUUGCCUCGCACUUUGGUGUAUCCCACGCUGAACUCGUCCUGCUGUCUCUGCUUCUCAGCCUGCUUCCCCGUGAAGUAACUCUACCUGUUCCGUAUUUCCAUCUAUAUGCAAUAUCUUUGCUUUGGUAAGCAAGUCUUAGAAAGGUGUUCGACAUUCGAAUUCCGAAGGUACCAGCACUUUGUCUGUGUCCUCCAAGAGUAUAAUCUCUGUCUCCAGCAGUGGAGGACUCGUGGACCUUCGACGGUCUAUCUUCUCUCCUCUCGAACAGGCCGCGGACCCAGGCUAAUUGGCAAUGUGGGUGACGUGAAGUGCCGCUACCUCUUCCAAUGCGCUCGGACUUACAUCCAGGAAUCGCAUCUGAAUUUCUGGAGAUCGGUUGAGAACUCUAUCGAGUUCAUGCUCACGCAUCCGAGCGGUUUGGAAGGCCAACAACAACAGGUUAGACGCGCUGUCGAGAUCACUGGUUUCAUCUCAUCUAAGGAGGAGCAAUCUCACGUGCACCUCUUGACUGCUGGCGAAGUAAGUCUUCAUUUCUGUUUUACCAGCAUGAUUGCGUCGGAUAUAUUCUCUAAAAACCUUAUAGAUGUGUCAGAUUACUCGGACGAGGAGGAAGAUCAAUCUGACAGCCAGGGAGUCAUCGUUGUUGAUGCUGGAGGCGGAACUAUCGAUCUCAGUGCCUACUCGAUGAAGUUAUCUCCGACUUCAUUCGAGGAUAUUGCCCCAGCUGAAUGCGAUAUCUUUCUGAUCAAGCUAUCCACGUGCUAG